GAUCUCGAGCCCUGCCGGCUGUGGAUGAAAUUCUCAAGGCGGCGCGCCGCCACCACUCUCCGCGCCGCCGCUGCCUCCGUGUGCUCCUGUGCAUCGCCUUGAUCUCGAGACCCGCCGGCUAUGGACGGGCUUCUCAAGAUGGCACGCCGCCACUAUCCGCCCUCGCUCUUUCUCUCUCAAGCACAGUCACACGCGCUGCCCGCCCGCCCGCGCCUUCAGAUCCUUAUCUCCUUCCUGCUCUCUGCUCUGGGGGCAUUUGCUGCCUACUCGCGCGCCGAUGGGGUCUGGGGAACAGCGGGUGGAGCUGGAUUCCGCAGACACCCGGACGUGAUCCGGCCAUGGGGUAGACCCACUGCUCGCAUGGACGCCUCCCGUGCUGCCGCUGCUCCUGCCGGCGGCGGGCGGCCGUGGGGCGACGGCGGCGGAGGAGGACGGGCCGCCGAGGACGACGAGGGCGGCGAGGUGAGCCUGCGGGAGUGGCUGGACCGGCCGGGCCGCGCGGUGGAGGCGCCCGAGUGCUCGCACGUCUUCCGCCAGGUCGCCGAGGCCGUCCCCGUGGCCCACGCGCAGGGCGUCGCCGUCGGAAGCGCGCGCCCUUCUUGCUUCGUCGUCUCACCGCCCUUCGCCCGCGUCGCCUUCAUCGAGUCCGCCUCCGGAUCAGACGCCUCGGGCUCCGACGCGUCAGAGGAGGACGGCGCAGACCACAACGACGCCAACGACCAAGACGCACAGCCGCCGCGGCGACCUAACAAAAACGGCGCCGCCCAGGCCCGGGACGGCCAACACAAGGGCUUCCCGCUCAAGAGCGUGCUGGCCAUGGAGCUCAACUGGUACACUAGGCCGACGCCCGCCUCCGUGCGGUCUUGUGCACCGCCUCCUCCUGACCGCCACCGUGGCCGUGCUCGCCAUCCCGGAGAGAGGCAGUGCGGGAAGAGGAGAAGAGGCGGCGCAGCGCCGCCAUUCGGGGGAGGAAGGAGACGGUAA